CACGUUUCCCAUCAUUCACAUUUCCUUUCUCUUUGCACAAACAUGGAUGCGGAAGAGGGAAGAGAGAAUGAAAGUGUCAACCUUGCAGAUGAUCCUUCCAACAGAGCGAUGGUUCAAAUGGUUCUUCAUCUUCUCCCACGGGAGAUUCUACUCGAUAUCCUAUCAAGACUACCGAUCACCUCUCUGAUCCACUUCAAGACCACUUCCCAUACCGGCUAUGAUUUAAUUGCCGAUCCAAGACUCCCUCCGAUGUUCUGCAACCGGGUAAGCAACUCAAACCCAUGUCUGAUUCUGUUUAACUACAAUUCCCGCGUGUCCCAGCAACUCUACUUUUUGGAUGGUGAAGGUUGUGGUAGAAGGGUUAGGAAAAUCGACCCACCACAGCAUUUAGAAGCUUAUAAGCUGGUGGGUUCUUGUAACGGCCUUUUAUGCGUAUACGAUCCCACAAUCGCCUAUCCCACAUUCGGUGAUUCAUGGGCAAGUGACGCUUUGCUAAUUUACAAUCCUUUUGUUGGAGACGCUGUGAGAAUCCCACCAGGGGAUCAAUUUUUUGAAUCAAUUGAAGUCUUUGGAUUUGGGUUUCAUCCGAGAACAGGAGAAUUCAAACUGGUCAGGAUUGUGUACUAUCAGAAGAUGAUUAUAGUAGAAGACCCCGCGCUAGGUGUGGAAGAUCCGGAUGGAGGAUUGGACACCGUUGAUGAAUCAAUGGUUGAGGUGUUUACCGUAGGAACAACAGAGUGGAGAAACAAAGGAGCUCCGCCUCCACCAUUGGCGUUUGAAAGCGGACCACCUUCGGCUCUGGUUGAAGGAUCUCUCCAUUGGGUGACUCUGGUUGGGAUGGGAGGAGUCGAUCCUAUCAUUGGUAUUAUCUCCUUCGAGCUUGCAGAUGAGGUGUUCGAAGAAAUUCCGCACCCACCUUGUCAACGAUUUGUGUCACGUGACUACAGUCUUUCCGUGCUCAAUGGGUGUCUAUCGGCUGUUGGGUCAGUUGAAACCGAGCAUUUUGAUAUCUGGGUGAUGAAGCAAUACCGUGUUAAGGAAUCUUGGGUAAAACAAUUCUCCUUUGAUCCCUAUUUACCUCGUGGAUGGCCAGUUAAUACUUCAAGCUCAGUUAGCAGAGUUUCGAAAAUUAUAUGUGCACUAAAGAAUGGGGAGAUUCUGUUGCAGUAUACCAACAGUUCUCUGGUUUCUUAUGAUCCUGUGGAAAACAGAUUCAAGACUCUUCAAAUAAGUGGAUUACCCAAUCAGUUCCAGGCACUUCCUUUUCUACCUUCUCUUUUCUCAGCAAAAGCAACCAUGAAUUUGCAAUCUUAACUUCUUUUUUCUUUUUCUUUUUCUUUUUUUGUUUGUUUUUUCUGUGAGACUCUACUACUGGUUGUUUUAAUUUGUGUUAAAUCUUUGAUCAUCAAUCAAUCGUAUGGUAAUGUCUAUCUUCUAGUCAAGUGCUUUAUUUUAUUGGUUAAGUUUUAUGAUCAUACCCAAGCCAAGAAAAUCUUACCUCUACCAUGCCUCCUGUGGUGUAAUGAGUUAAUCAAAACUCAGUGCAUCA